AUGGCAGGGGCAGCCGGAGUAGGACUGGUGCGGCCUUUGUUAGGGCUCGGGGGUGGGUCUUCUCUAGCCUCCCUCCGUGUGAAUGGAGUGAGCACAGGAUCAAAGUCUACGUUACUCAGACUUAUCACAGGAUGCCUGGAUUCGCUGAUUCCACCAAGUGAGCGUAAUUCUUACAAGUGUGAAAAGGAAGCAACAGGGCCACUCAACCGUAAAAAGCUCAUAGACCACAUCAAUGACCAGGCCAUGAAUGAGCCUGACCGACCAGAGCUUGUGCCGUAUGUUCCUGGAACUGUAAGAGGGAAAAAGUGGGUACCCCCACCACCUCCAGAACCACAAGAUGAUGAUGAGGUUAAUACAAAUGAAGUGGAAGUGGAUUUAGAUGAGGAGUUUGCAUCAGUCCUCAACACUGCCACAGAGGAUGAAAUUGUUGACUUAGCAGCUAUUUUGGGUUUCCACUCUAUGAUGAACCAGGAGCAGUAUCAUGCAUCUCUGCUCAACAAGGAAAGGCCCAAGGGUGUUGGCUGGGGUGGUGUGACCAAGGCUACCAAGUUCAAACCCCUUCCAGCUGAACCCCCCAAUGACACUGAUCCCGAGGAGAGCAUUAAGAAGCUCAAGGAUGAUGACCCCAACUGCAAAGAACUCAACUUCAAUAAUAUUGUGAAUAUUUCUGAUGAGCAGUUCAGACGCCUGUUUGAAGCCUUGGAAAUGAAUACAAAAUUGGAAAGCUUGAGUAUGUCUAAUGUUUGCAUGUCAGAUCGUCACAUUGAUGCUUUAGUCAAUGCUCUUGUCAACAACAACAAUUUGAGGACAUUGAAGUGAGUAGAGUGCUCCUUUUUUUUU